UUCUUCUAUAUAAAGCACCAGGAGCUCCUCGUCGUCUUUCUCAUACUCCAAUUGGUAAGCCAAGAAGAGAGAGAGAGAGAUCGAGAAGCCAGCCAUGGUGGUGCACUCCGGCGAGCAAAGCGUCCACAUUGUCCUCGUGCCCUACCCCUCCCAGGGCCACAUCAACCCGGUGCUCCAGUUCGGCAAGCGGCUCGCCGCGCACGCCGGCGUCCGGUGCACCGUCGCCGUGACGCGGUUCGUCGCCGGCUCGACCACGCCGUCCCGUCUGGGGUCGGUGCACGUCGCCGUGUUCUCGGACGGCUGCGACGAGGGCGGCCCCGCCGAGCUCGGCGGCCACCGGGGCCCCUACUUCGAGCGGCUGGAGCAGGCCGGGUCGGUGACGCUGGACGCGCUCCUCCGGGAGGAGGCGGCUCUGGGGCGUCCGGCGACGGUGGUGGUGCACGACACGUUCAUGCCGUGGGUGCCGGCGCUGGCGCGGCGGCACGGCGCGGCGUGCGCAGCGUUCUUGACGCAGACGUGCGCCGUUGACGUCGUGUACACGCACGCCCGCGCGGGGCGCCUCGCGGUGCCGGUGAGGGAAGGGGAUGGGCCGCUCCGGCUGCCCGGGCUGCCGGCGCAGCUCGACGUGGACGACGUGCCGACGUUCUUGGCCGCCCACGACACGCACCACCCGUCCAUGCGUGCGCUGCUGAUGAACCAGUUCGCCGGCCUGGAGAGCGUGGACCACGUCUUCGUCAACUCGUUCUACGAGCUGGAGCCACAGGAGGCGGCGUACAUGGCGGCGACGUGGGGCGCGAAGACGGUCGGGCCGACCGUGCCGUCGGCGUACCUCGACAACCGCCUUCCCGACGACGCGUCGUACGGCUUCCACCUCCACACGCCGAUGACGGCGGAGUGCCGGGAGUGGCUGGACGCCCAGCCGGCGGGCUCCGUCGUAUACGCCUCGUUCGGCAGCAUCGCGGCGCCGGGGCCGGAGCAGAUGGCCGAGGUCGCGGAGGGCCUCUACAGCAGCGGCAGCCCCUUCCUCUGGGUCGUCCGCGCCACGGAGACGGGCAAGCUCCCGGAGGGGUUCGCCGCCAAGGUGAAGAAGACGGCGAAGCGCGGGCUGAUCGUGCCGUGGUGCCCGCAGCUGGAGGUGCUGGCGCACCCGGCCGUCGGGUGCUUCGUGACGCACUGCGGGUGGAACUCCACCGUGGAGGCGCUGAGCGCCGGCGUGCCGAUGGUGGCGGUGCCGCAGUGGUCGGACCAGACGACGAACGCCAAGUACAUCUCGGACGUGUGGCGCGUCGGCGUGCGGGCGCGGCCGGACGGCGGCGAGGGGGUGGUGAGGAAGGAGGAGGUGGAGCGGCGCGUGAGGGAGGUGAUGGAAGGGGAGAGGUGCAAGGAGUACAUGAGGAACGCGGCGAGCUGGAGCGGCAAGGCGAGGAGCGCCAUGGGCGAAGGUGGCAGCUCGGACAGGAACAUCGCCGAGUUCCUGUCCAGGUACAUGCUGCGCCAUGGGAUUGGGACCAGAUGAUAUGCUAUAAUAGUAUUGCGAUCUGGAAUUCAUUUGGGUGAGAUUGAUCGGCUGUCUGAAUUUGGAAACUGUUCAUGCUCCAUAUUGUUGCAAAUAAUAAAUGCUACUUAUGCACCGGUAUGGAGGUUGAGUUGGGUUAUGUUGACAUGCCAUUCUGAAACAUAAAUAUCCUGCUUGGAUUUACUACAUUUUGCAAUACAGAGCCAUUUCA